AGUUUGCAUUCGUAAUUCGUUCAAUUCUACAACUACUUGAAAUCGCUCGAUUAAUUUUGAAAUAAUAAUGAAUUUCUAUAAAGAGAGUAAAUAGUGUGAUAUAUCGAUUAUUUAAGUGAAAAUUUUGUGAAGAAUUAAGUAGGGGACAUUAAAGUUCUAUAUUUAAGGUUAAAUUGGUUCAACAUGUAAUGAAUGUCAGUAAAUAUAUAAACUAAAUACAUUCGGUUUAACUAAUUUACGAUUGGUAUACAAAAUUUAUAAGUAUGGCUCCAACAAUUCAAGCAGGAACAGGCCCGGCAGAAAAAAGACCCACAAAAAUCGGUGAAAGAAAAUCAGAUUUGGUAUGCAAAGUAAAAUACUGUAAUACUUUACCGGAUAUACCAUUCGAUUUAAAAUUUAUCACCUAUCCGUUCGAUCCAACACGAUUUAUACAAUAUAAUCCAACAUCUCUAGAAAGGCAUUAUCGUUAUGAAGUUUUAACAGAACAUGAUAUUGGUGUAACUAUUGAUUUGAUAGAUAAAGACGCAUACACGUGUGAACCAGGCGCUCAAUUAGAUCCAGCUGAUGAAAAAUUACUUGAAGAAGAUGUUUUAACACCACAAGAUUCAAAACGAUCCCGACAUCAUGCAAGAAAUGUAUCCUGGUUGCGUAGAACUGAAUAUAUAUCUACGGAACAAACCAGAUUCCAACCUCAAACUAUGGACAAAGUUGAGGCGAAAGUUGGUUAUAGUAUUAAGAAGAACUUAAAAGAUGAAACAUUAUAUAUGGAUCGUGAUAGUCAAAUAAAAGCUAUUGAAAAAACUUUCGAAGAUUCGAAAAUACCAAUCACAAAACAUUAUAGUAAACCUGGUGUACAUCCAGUCGAAAUUUUGGAUGUUUAUCCAGACUUCAAAGUAUGGAAAUAUCCAUGUGCUCAAGUUAUCUUUGAUUCAGAUCCAGCACCUGUUGGUAAACAAGUACCUGCUCAAAUCGAAGAAAUGUCUCAAGCUAUGAUUCGUGGUGUAAUGGAUGAAAGUGGAGAACAGUUUGUUGCAUACUUCUUACCAUGCGAAGAAACAUUAGUUAAACGUAAAAGAGAUGUUGAAGCAGAAGUUCCAUAUCAGGAUGACGAUGAAUAUGAAUAUAAAAUGGCUCGUGAAUACAAUUGGAACGUCAAAAGUAAAGCCAGCAAAGGUUAUGAAGAGAACUACUUUUUGGUUGUGCGUGAAGAUGGUGUUUAUUACAACGAAUUAGAAACUCGUGUACGUUUGAAUAAACGUAGACAAAAGGCUGGUCAACAAAUCAACAAUACUCGUUUAAUUGUUAAACAUCGACCAUUAAAUGCAAAUGAGCAUCGUAUGCAACGAUUUAGAGAAAAACAACUAGAACCACCUGGUGAUGAAGAUGAAGAAGAUGAGCCUCAAGAAGAAGAAGAAGAAGAAGAUGAUCAAAACGAAAAUAUAAAUACUCAAGAUGAUCAGACUGCUAAUGAUCAAGAAAAUGAUGAAAAUUCUGAAGCUGAAUCAGUUAGAUCACAACGUACAACUCGAUCGCGAUCAGCAUCUAAAGCACGAUCAGCGCGAUCACUCUCGAAAUCACCUUCGAAUGCAAGCUCACGAGCAUCAUCGAAAUCUAGAUCUCGUUCUAGAUCUAAAUCUCGGUCAAGAUCCAAAUCUCGUUCACGUUCUAAAUCUCGUUCUCGAUCUAAAUCCCGAUCUCGAUCCGCUUCGCGUUCUAAAUCCAGAUCAGCAUCAAAAUCACCUGCAGGUUCCAAUAGGUCAAACUCUAGAUCACCAUCAAAAUCACCUUCUCGUUCAAAAUCUCGAUCUCAGUCAAAAUCACCGUCUCGAUCAAAAUCACGAUCUCGUUCAAAAUCGGGAUCACGUUCAAAAUCUCCUUCAAGAUCAAGAUCUAGGUCACAGUCUAGAUCAGCAUCGAGAUCUCCUUCAAGAUCAAGAUCCCGAUCUGGAUCAAAAUCUGGUUCUGAAUCUAGAUCUGGAUCAGAAUCGCGGUCUGGCGGCGGUUCUGAUAGCGAAUGAGAAUCUAAGUAUCAAUUUAAUUAAAGUUAAUGGUCGAUAAUAUUUGGGUGCAUUUGCUUUAAAAUUUAUGACUCUGGAUACAUUUUGUGCUGAAUAUUCGAAGAGUAAAAUUCGAUUUUUUACUACCAAAUACAUUGGCUAAAAUUUGUCGGCAAUUUAGAAUACUUAGUUCAAGCACACACGUUUAUCGGACGUCGGAAAUAUAAUUAUUUCUACUUUGGUCAUUGCAUGAUUUUUAUCGGAAAAUCUGUAAUCGUUGGGUUGAAUAUAUUACCUUAGCAGCCCGCUCGCCAAAUUAAAUGUCCCUUCGGCGAUUAAUGAGUUUUUCUUAUACAGUAUCAACAAUAAGGGAACACUUAAUAAGCAUAAAUUCUCAACUAUGGGAUACAAUUUAUAAAUUAUAUGACAAACUGUUUUUUGCCAUACGAGUUUAAAAAGAAGUUUUGUCUUGAAACCCUGAAGUCGAAAGUUUUCAAAUAAAACCAAGAGA